GGCCCCCUGCAGGUAUUUACGGAAGGUAAAAGUAAAGCAAAAGGAAUUUCUUAGAAAUGGCCACACUUUUCCUUACUUUGGGGAUUUGGACGUAUGUAUUCUGGUUUUCACAGCUGCUUUGCUCCCCCUGUGGAUAUGACCUCUUAGCUGGCAUUUUGCAUCCCAGUUGUUUUGUGAAGGAGGCGUCUUUGGGAAUUCAGAUGGAUGAGCCAAUGGCUUUUUCUCCUCUGCGUGACCGGUUUCAGGCUGAUGGGUCUUUAAAAAAGUAUGAGCAGAAUUUUAAACUUCCAGGCAUUAAAAAAGAUAUUGAAAAGCUUUAUGAAGCUGUACCACAGCUUGGUAGUGUGUUUAAAAUUAAGGACAAAAUUGGAGAAGGCACUUUCAGCUCUGUUUAUUUAGCCACAGCACAAUUACAAGUAGGAUGUGAAGAGAAAAUUGCUCUAAAACACUUAAUUCCAACAAGUCAUCCUAUAAGAAUUGCAGCUGAACUUCAGUGUCUAACAGUGGCUGGGGGGCAAGACAAUGUCAUGGGAGUUAAAUACUGCUUUAGGAAAAAUGAUCAUGUGGUUAUUGCUAUGCCAUAUCUGGAGCAUGAGUCCUUUUUGGACAUUUUGAAUUCUCUUUCCUUUCAAGAAGUACGGGAAUAUAUGUUUAAUCUGUUCAGAGCUUUGAAACGCAUUCAUCAGUUUGGUAUUGUUCACCGUGAUGUCAAGCCCAGCAAUUUUUUAUAUAAUAGGCGCCUGAAAAAGUACGCCUUGGUAGACUUUGGUUUGGCCCAAGGAACCCAUGAUACGAAAAUAGAGCCUCUCAAAUUUGUGCAGUCUGAAGCUCAGCAGGAAAGUUGUUCACAAAACAAAUCCCACAUAAUCACAGGAAACAAGAUUUCAUUGAGUGGCCCAGCACCUAAGGAGCUGGAUCAGCAGUCCGCCACAAAAACUUCUGUUAAAAGACCAUACACAAAUGCACAGAUUCAGAUUAAACAAGGAAAAGAUGGAAAGGAGGGAUCUGUAGGCCUUUCUGUCCAGCGCUCUGUCUUUGGAGAAAGAAAUUUCAAUAUACACAGCUCCAUUUCACAUGAGAGCCCUGCAGUGAAACUCAUGAAGCACUCAAAGACUGCAGAUGUAGUAUCAAGAAAGUUAGCAACAAAAAAGGUUAUUUCUACAAAAGUAAUGAAUAGUGGUGUGAUGAGAAAAACUGCCGGUUCUUGCCCAGCUAGCCUGACCUGUGACUGCUAUGCAACAGAUAAAGUUUGCAGUAUUUGCCUUUCAAGGCGUCAGCAGGUUGCUCCUAGGGCAGGUACACCAGGGUUCAGAGCACCAGAGGUCUUGACAAAGUGCCCCAAUCAAACUACAGCAAUUGACAUGUGGUCUGCAGGUGUCAUAUUCCUUUCUUUGCUUAGUGGACGAUAUCCAUUUUAUAAAGCAAGUGAUGACUUAACUGCUUUGGCUCAAAUUAUGACAAUUCGGGGAUCCAGGGAAACUAUCCAAGCUGCUAAAACUUUUGGCAAAUCAGUAUUAUGUAGCAAAGAAGUCCCAGCACAAGACUUGAGAAAACUCUGUGAGAGACUCAGGGGUAUAGAUUCUAACACUCCCAAAUUGACAAGUGAUAUACAAGGACCUGCUUCUCAUGACCCAACUUUUUCAGAGAAGACUGACCAUAAAGCUUCUCACAACAUACAAACACCUCAAGUACAACACUCAGGGAAUUCAUUAUAUGAAGGGGACAGUAAUGGCUGUGGAAGUCGUUUUGAUGAGUAUAUUGCUAGUUUAAAAGGCUGGGCUGAGGUACCUGAUGAAGCUUAUGACCUGCUUGAUAAACUUCUAGAUCUGAAUCCAGCUUCAAGAAUAACAGCAGAAGAAGCUUUGUUGCAUCCAUUUUUUAAAGACAUGAGCUUAUGAUUAUUGUUCUUCAUUUAAUGUUUACUGUUUUGUAUUGUGAGGUGGAGUAAAAAGCGUUUUUUGUAACAGCUGUAAGUUCUUGUUUAGAGACCAGGGCAGGAUGAGUAAUUUAUUUUAAAAUCUUAGUAUUUGCUCUGGUGGCAGAUUCUAAAAUAUACGAGGGUAAUUCAGAAAGUUUGUGGAAAAAUAAAAUUGAAAGAUCAUACAAAUCUUUCCACAAACUUUUUGAAGUACCGUCGUAGAUUAAGCUUACUUAAAGUGGCAGGGAUAGUUCUUUGGACUAACAAUGUGAUCUUUGAGUUAAACCCACACAAAUAGAAUCAGAUUUUUAGUUUCCCUAAUUACUUUUUACUGCCAUAUGCAGAAAAAGGAGCAGUUUUAGCCCAGUACAUAAGGGUUCAAAGUACAGGUCUUAAAAUUAAUGGAUGUGAUAGGAACUAAAUGAAUCCAAAGACUUAGUUUACUGAUUUCUUAGCACUAUGAGCUCUUUUCUUUGUUCUUUUGGAAAAUUCAAUCUGGUGAAGGUGCUCUAACAAUUUUGUAGGUAAAGAAAUAAUUUUCUAGAUGUAUGUAUUAUACCUUUUAUAAACACUAAAAUAAUUAAUGAGGAAGUAUGAGUCAUGGGGUAAAAUAUUACUUAAAAUUGAACUUAUCUAUUUUUAAAAAGUAUUUCAUGGAAGCAUUUUUGUGUGAAUUGCCAUGUUUUUCUUAAGGGUUUCUCUUGGUUUUUCUUCCUUCUCUGCCCCCACAUAACACAUUCUCCUUGGAAAUUAUAUGGUGCUUACCACAAAGUUUCUGGGUGCUUUAUUAAAUUUUGCAUGUGUUUAUAGUUGGGAACUUAAAAUAAUGCAUAUACUGGUUGAUAAGGGGAAGCUGCAGGACCAAAGUGAAGAUUGAUAGUCCAAAAUGCUUUUCUUAUUUUCUUUUGAGUGUGUAUGUUUUUUCACAUUAUCUUAGGUAUAAUUAUGUAGCUGCUAAAAGGAAAAGUGAACACAGAAUUGGGAAUGUUAUUGGAGAUUUAUUCUCUGCCUAGAGCCAUCCAAUUCUGUAUGUACUGUUUUGACUAAGUUGGUCCUGCUCAGAAAAGAAUGAUUACUGGAGUCUUAGGUGGGUUGGAAAGAGAGAGAAUGAAGUGGGCAUAGCAGAAAAGGACCUAAGAGAGGUUUAUGUUAUUAACAUUCCAAGAUGAUAUAUAUAUGAAUGACAGCCUGACACACUUUCUAUUGGAAAUAAGUCUGGGGAGAUGAAUCUGCUGAGAAGUUUCUCCUAGCUUAGGGACAUACAUUCAUUUUGUUAUUUUGAGUAUUGAUAACUCAGUAUGUCUACCUAAUCUGGUAAAUACGAUGGAGUGUGUAUAUACACAUGCACACAUACACACCAUGACCGUUGAUCUGCUCUCUUAUACUUUAACCUUUUUUAAAAAAAAAUUGAUGUUCUUGAAUUUGUAUGUUUAAUAAAGUUAUCCUUUUAUGUUUUUUAUGUCACAUUA